UCUCCUGCCAGCUCCCGGGCUCCCGCUGCGGUUGCGGUUCUGACGGCCGAGCCCCCGCGGCGCUGCACCUCAGAUCCGGUGCGCCGACCGACCCGCGCCCCUGCCUCGGUGCUCGCAGCUCGCUCAUCCACGCGCCGCGCUGCUGCGGCAGGUGCCCCAGGCAUCCUGAGUCGCGGUGGCCGCCAUCGAUGACCCCGGCCACGGACCUGCUCCAGCCCGGCCACCCCCUGUCUUGUGUCAUCGUCUGUGCUUGGUAUUAAAUCAUGGGGAGGAAGCUGGACCUGUCUGGUCUGACCGAUGAUGAAACGGAGCAUGUUCUCCAGGUGGUUCAGCGAGACUUCAAUCUUCGAAAAAAAGAGGAAGAACGGCUAAGUGAGAUGAAGCAGAAGCUGGCGGAGGAAGGCAGCAAGUGCAGCAUCCUCUCGAAGCAUCAGAAGUUCGUGGAGCACUGCUGCAUGCGCUGCUGCUCGCCCUUCACCUUCCUGGUCAACACCAAGCGCAGGUGUGCCGACUGCAAGUUCAAUGUCUGCAAGAGCUGCUGCUCCUACCAGAAGCGGGAGAAGGUGUGGAUCUGCUGUGUCUGCCAGCAAGCCAGGCUUCUGAGGACCCAGUCUCUGGAAUGGUUCUACAGUAACGUGAAGAGCCGCUUCAAACGCUUUGGCAGUGCCAAGGUCUUGAAGAACCUGUACAGGAAACACCGACUGGAGAGUGGGGCAUGCUUCGAUAUUCUAGGAGGAAACUUUUUCGAGGCAAACCUGGAGAAUGAAGGAAGUAUUUCGGGCAGUGAUUCAACAUUUUAUAGACAGUCAGAAGAAAGUGGUCUGUGUUCUGUUUCCUGUCUAGGACACAGCAUGAUGGACACAUUGGCUGUCGCCCUGCGGGUGGCUGAAGAGGCCAUCGAGGAGGCAAUUUCCAAAGCCGAAGCUUAUGGGGACAGUCUGGACAAGCAGAACGAGGCCAGCUAUCUGCGGGACCACAAGGAGGAGCUGACCGAGGAACUGGCCACAACUAUCCUGCACAAGAUCAUAAGGAAACAGAAGAGCAAAGGCGAACAGCAAAUGGAAGAAGAGCCGGAGUGGUCACAGCCCCAGAGCUGCAGUGCGGAGGCAGCUGACCAGGGGACCACAGCGCCCCCAGGAGGCCCCCGAGCUCCCUCCACCCUCUGGCAAUCCCAGUCUUCGUCCUCACUCCGCAGAGAGGAUGCCCCGAAGACCCCUUCCCUGGAGGCUGUGUCGAGGCCGCCGAGGGGCCAGGGCCAGCCGCCGCGGGAGGAGGCCACCUUGCCCAGCUGGAGGAGCACCGACAGGCUGGACGAGACAAACUUGGCCGAGGUUUUGCAGAGCCCCGACGGGAACUGGGUGGCCCUGAAGGAUGGUACUCUGUCGCACACCUGCCUGCUGACCAAACCUAAGAGUGGCACGUUCCAGGCCCUGGAGGCAGACUCCAGCAUGGCCUCUGCCUACAACGAGAUGGGCUCUGACAGUGAGGAGGACUUUGACUGGAGCGAGGCCUUGAGCACACUGUGCCCACGGCCCCAAGGCCGGCCCAGGAACCCCCAGCCUCAGCCCACACAGGCCCAGGGCUCAGACCAAGCCCCCUCAGCCACCAACUCCGGGCUCUCCCCGAACCCCGAGGCCAUGUGCUCCGACUCGGAGACCUCCUCUGCAGGCUCUUCCCGGGAAGCUGGGCGCCGGGCCAGACUGUCCUGGUUGCAGAGGAAGGCCCCCAGGGACCCCACAGCAGAGAAGAGGCGCCUGCAGGGAGAGCUGGAUGUGAACUUCAACCCCCAGGCAGCCAGCAGGGAGACCUCAGACAGCAGCGAGCCUGAGGAGGCCCCCCACGCUGCAGACCGGAAGGCCAGGAGGUGGGGAAGGGCCCGCAUGGGCUCAGAGGAGCCAAGCGAGGAAUUGUCUUCUCCCAACGCCGGUUCCCAGGGGCUGGACAUACAUCAGGUGUCAGGUGAUGUGUCAGAGACUGACAUCAGCAAUGAGCCUCGGCACCCUCAGGCCGGCGUGGCCACCACCGAGGAAAAACUGAGAAACAGGCUGUAUGAGUUAGCGAUGAAAAUGAGUGAGAAGGAGACAUCUUCGGGAGAAGAUCAGGAGUCAGAGCCCAAGACAGAGUCUGAGAACCACAAGGAAAGUCUGUCCUCUGAAGAGAACAGCCAGGGCGUCCAGGAAGAGCUGAAGAAGAAGUAUUCUGCUGUUUCUCUCUGCAACAUCUCCACAGAAGUCCUGAAAGUCAUCAAUGCCACAGAGGAGCUGAUAGCAGAGUCCACAGGGCCCUGGGAGUUCUCAUCUGUCCCUCCCGACAGAGAGAAGGGGACGUUUCCUCUCGGGACAGACCAAGCGAGACUGGAUGAGCAGCUGACUUCCCUGGAAGAAAACGUGUACCUGGCAGCAGGCACCGUGUACGGACUGGAAGGCCAGCUGAAUGAACUGGAGGGUGCCGCCCGCUGCAUCCACAGUGGCACCGAUGAGACCGAACUGGCAGAUCUGGAGGACCAGGUGGCCACGGCAGCAGCCCAGGUCCACCAUGCUGAGCUCCAGAUCUCUGAUAUCGAGAGCCGGAUUUCAGCCCUGACCAUUGCAGGAUUAAACAUAGCACCGUGUGUGCGCCUCACAAGAAAACGAGAUCAGAAGCAAAGGAACCAGGUACAAACCAUCGACACAUCAAGGCAGCAGAGGAGGAAACUGCCUGCCCCACCAGUGAAAGCUGAAAACAUGGAGUCAUCUUCAGUGACCACCAUGAAAACAUUUAACCGCAACUUCAUUCUCCAAGGCGCCUCGACAAACAGGACUAAUGAAAGGAAAAGCACCACCAAGGAUUUGAUGGAGCCCGCUCCGGAGUCGGCUGUGACGUAUUAGCGCCCCGGGACUCCACUGCCAGUGACCCACUGCCUCCGGCCGUACACGACAGUGCCUUGACCCAACAGCCAUCGAAUACUGUACGGAUUCCCACCCGUGGAGAGGGCGUGGGGGAGGCCACGGUGCGCCGCUGCCCAGGGCUGUCCCGAUACCUCACCCAGAAAGCAGUCCCGGACUUGCGCACUGCGGUCCUGCCCGCGCUCUGCCUUAGGCUCGCAGGGGGAUCCGAGACAGCCAGCCGCGCCGCGGGUUUCCAACAGCAGAGCUCCGUGUGCACAAGAUGCAUCUUUUCCCUGUCCGCUUUGCUACUCUGUUGUCUUUAAGAUCUCUCUCUCUCUCUCUCUCUUUUUUUUUUUUUUUUUGGUCCCUCUGAUUCAACUAGAAGUACGUGUCAACAGUUAUUUGUCCAAAGGAAAACAGUUGGGGGGUGGGGGGCGGAAGGAAGGGAGAUGGGUAUUAUCAUUUAAUUCACCAUCAGUUCUUAUCUCUCACAAGCAUCUUUGUCCCCCAAGCGCUAAGGCAAAAAAGUGCAAAUGCCCCGCCGUAGUGAACCAUCGGGACUGUCCCAUUUGGAGAGCGUGCACCCGGGCGAGCAUGCAGGUCUCCCUUUGGCCACCUCCUUCCCGGGAAGUUCCAACCCCCUCCCCCCCUCCACCCCCAUCCUCCGGGCAUAACCAGUCAACCAGUCAUUCCCAUCGCUUUGCCAUCACAAGCCACGAAAUGGAAAGCUUGGCCUCACCCACGCCAUGGCCAGGUCUAUCUGAAACAAGGUCUCAUUGAGAAUUCAGGGCUCUUCCCUGGAGUUACUGACAGUUUCCGCACUCUGAAGGGGAGGGGAGCUUGAGAAAGCCUCAACACUGACUUAACUUUAGGGCGCUGUCCGGAAUCCACAUGAUGCGGGUUAGCAACGACUGCGCGGCCGUGUCUAAUGGGGUUUAGGUAAAUGGAUUCUUGCAGACAAUAACCACGUGAGAAAAUGUUGUCCUCCAAAAUUUAUUUCCCAAUAAAUAUUCAGCAAAAGAAGUAGAAUGACCUGAAAGGUAAACCUGGUUAAAGAAUCGCCUUGGGAAAACUUACAGGCAUGAAAAAAGCAAGGAUAAACUGAAUUUAAUGGACACAAGAGCUGACACGAGCUGCACGUUGGUGGUCUCAAAUGCAUGACUCCGUACGUAGAGUGUGUUUAUAAAGGCAAAUGGAAUGGAAUUUCGCACAGUGAAUUGAGCAUUUGCAACCUUUCUUAAAUCUGUCCCUGAGACAUUCUGAAUCUAAGGAAGCAAAUGAUGGGAGGCAAGUUUGACCGAAAUUCAUUAAGUGAUUGCUUUCAGGGAGGCAAUUCCUUCUACUUUUCAUCGUUAGAGCAACCCUCUUUGGUAGGUAUCCCCAUUUUUCAGAUUUGGAAACGGAGGGGACCAGAGAGAUUAGUUUGCCAAAGUCACACCUUGAAACUAAGGCUAAUUGGAAUGCCCCACAAAAGCCUCACUCCGUGUUUGUUUCAACUUCUACAUUCUUUUGCUGCUACACACAUUCCCAGACCUGAUUUGCUGCUGAGAUGUGUGUUAUGACUCCUUCCUGAUGGGGGUCUGCCUAUCUUCCAGUGAUGCUCCCUGCUGAUGCUGUGUAUGUGUUAUCCCACAGAAAUGACUCCUUUGAAAUAAACUAAGUCUUUGGCUCUUUGUUCUGUUGGUGUGACUCAAAGCAGACAAAUUUUUAAAAACACAACAAAAAAAGAUCUGAGUUCCAAAUAGAAUGUUUUCUUUAAGAGGCAUGAAAAGCAACUAUUGUUGUGUUACAGUGUUAAAAUAUUCAGUUUUCUUUGACAAAAACGUGUACUGUGUAAGCCUUGCAAAAAAACAAAAACAAAAACAAAAAAAAGAAGAACCCUGCUCUAUGGCAUUUGAAAUUUUAUAAAGGUUUCCUUGUGCCAAAUAAGUGCAAAGAUUUAAUUUACUAUUAAAAACCAUAAGCAUAUGUUAUAGUUUCAGAAGAAUUAUUUUGUCAUCAAGUGAUUUUGAUCUUUGGUGUCAAUAUUUAUAUUUAGAUUAAUUUUUAUAAAGGAAAAUAUUUUAAUGGUUUAAGAAAAUGAGGACAAUAGGACCAUAUCUUUGAUGACUUCUGAAAGUUAUGCUUGCCUUCAUGUUAUGUGCAUAUUGCCAAGAAUUACUGUCAAGAGAAAUGAUAAAGAAGUAAAAGUCAUUUAUGAAAAAUAA